UGGCAGUGGGAAAGGGGAAGGCUUAAGCACUUCUCUCCACCCUAAUCCUUAACCACCUGGCCCUCCUCCUCCUCCCAUCUCCCUGGCACUGCUUGGGACAUCUUCCAGGCACAGUCCAGGGGACAGAGAGCAGCAUUCUGGCCUAGAACAAUUUUAUUUAAACCCACCCAGAACGUCUCUACUUCACCCACCAUUCCCUCUCAGGGGCCCCUCCCUUUGCCACCCUUCCUGGCCACUUGUCCACGCCUCCUCCUCCUCCUCCUCCUCCUCUUUCCAGCUACCUCUGCCCCUCCUCAGCCUUUCUCUUACUCUCAUUUUUCUCGUGAUCUUUCCCCCUCAAUUUUCCCUUUUCCCUUUUCUCUCUCCUUCCUCCCCUCACCCUCUCACUCUCUCUUUUUCCCUCCCCAUUCCAGAUUUCCGGUUCCCUUCCUGGGGCCAGAAGGGAAGACUCUUCGUCCUUUCCAUCUGCUGUCCUGGGUCUACACUCUUCUGACUAGCCCCCAGCCCCUCUGCAGAGAUGCUCAGUGCUAGAGACAAGCCUCCGGAGGAGAGGGGAGCUGGGGGGCUUCGGGGCUUCGCCAUCGACAAGAGCUUUCUCAUUAGCCUCAAAGGCAUCCUUCUGGAAGUUGAACUGGACUUCCUUCGAUGUGUCAGUGCUGUCGUCAUUCUCCUAGUAGUGUCCUUCGCUGCUGUGGCCUCUCGGGAGGGACCUGCCAUUGCUGCUUUUGUUUUUGGUGUUAUCGUUACUUUUGUCUUUGUCUAUGAUGCCUUCAAGAUCUACCAGGCAGAGAUGGCACCCAGCCCCACCCAGGGGGACCAGUAGUGAGUGAGUCCCAGAAGUUCUGGUUUCUAUCAGGAAUCCUGUAGUUUCCAAAAGCCUCAGGAAUCUGCUGGAUCUCCAGAGGCUCUCCCAGCCUGAGGAGAAAUGAGCAGGGGACAACUCUGCUGCUCCUUGUGGUUCCCCCAAGGCCAGGAAACACACAGAAUCUCAAAUGUGUAUUCAUCCAGCUCUCCAGCAACGAGACCCAGGUUGUCACUGCACCAAGAAGACAGAAUGAUGCUGGAGGUUGGGUGGGAAGGGAAGAGAGGAGACAAGUUGUGGGAGGGGAUGGGUCUGGCUAAGGCCUCAGGUCCCAAAGACUCUUCACAAAUUAAAGGUGUCAA